AUGUCGAGCUCCCAAGCCGUCUUCUCGCGAUGUGCAUGCCCGACUCUUGGUCGGCCUGCAGCUCGUCGCAGCUUCCUUGGGCUUUGGACAGCCAGGUCAGCGACUUCCUCAAUCAAUUCGCUCCUUCCUCAGCUACGACGCACACUCAGCGCCGGGACUUACUCGUCCUUCACCGACAAGCUCGCCGACCCCGCCAACAAACUGCAGAGCUACAUAUCCCGCAGCGACGACCCCUCGCUCAACCUCUCUAUCGAGGACCACAUUCUCCGCAAGAGUCCUGCCGACAGCACGGUUCUAUUUCUGUACGUGAACAGGCCGUGUGUCGUUAUUGGGCGUAACCAGAACCCAUGGACUGAGGUCAAUCUGGGAAUCCUCAAUGCUGCACGCGGGGAACACGACGUCAAAGACAGCGAGCCACCAGCCAUCGGUACCGUCGACCUUGUACGCCGCCGCUCAGGUGGAGGCACCGUCUUCCAUGACGAGGGCAACCUCAAUUGGAGCAUUACAUGUCCCCGCAGCGACUUCACGCGCGACAAGCAUGCGGAGAUGGUAGUCCGCGCUUUGCGGAGGCUGGGUAUCGACCGCGCCAGAGUCAACGAGCGACACGACAUUGUUCUCGACCAAGGGCAUGAGAAACACACGGCCGACCCUCAGGACACGCAUCGCACGCCCUAUACCACCGAUCAGGGUGGACCAAGACCCCUCAAGGUUUCUGGCUCAGCAUACAAGCUCACGCGCCAGCGCGCCUUACACCACGCGACGACGUUGUUGAGCUCGCCGAACCUGCACAUCAUAUCAGACUACUUGCGAUCUCCGGCUAAGAACUUCAUACAAGCUCAGGGUGUCGAAAGCGUUAGCUCACCCGUUUCCAACAUCGGUCUUGAGGUAGAACCAUUCAAGCGACGUCUACAAGACGAGUUUGCCUCAAUGUAUGCCGAGCUCGGAAAUCCAAGCAUAGUGGAAACUGUUGGCGAAGAGCACCUAAACAUUCCCGAUGUCCGGAAGGGAUAUGACGAGCUACAGACGGACGAGUGGAUGUGGUCUCAGACUCCACGCUUUAAUCUUAUGCUCGACCCCAAGGACGACAUCGGCCUCCAGAUGGAGGUACAUCAUGGUGUGAUCAAGAGCUUGGAAUUCGAGGGGUCCGACCUUCCAGACAACGCUCGAACGGCUCUUCGGACUGCGCUGGUUGGUAUGAAGCUGCAGCAUGUCUGGAACUCAAACAUGUUUCGGCAGAUUAGCGAUCAAACCCAGAACGACCAGCUUGCGAUUGCAGCGAGGCGGCUCAAGGCGCUCCUUCCCGUUCCCAGCCUUCUCAGGCGUUGAAGCUUGCCAUCUGAAAGCUUCAGUGCAGGUCUGCUCAUCCGUUGUCUGUCCAGAGUUGAGAUGACCGGAAGAUGUGUACCCAACUUCUGGAUCGACAACCAUGGUCAUUUCGGCAAGUCCCUCCCAGCUUUUGAGAAAAGUUACGUCUAUAAGAAAGACAAGAUAUGAACCCCAUUCCCUACUUUCUUUCAUGUUUGCGUUGAGCAGGCGCAUCUUCGCCUGGCGACCAUGGAUUCGACGACAUCGAGUUCCUGACGGUCCAUAUUCUUUGCAUUUUCAUCCACGUCUGCAUGUUGAGCUGGACGGUAGUAUUGUGCUCCUGACCUAUGGCCGCGCCGUUGCCUGUGGACGCUGCUGUCCAUCGUCGCAGCCUGCCAUUGCAGGGACUUUGUGUGGGUGCAUGGU